AUGUCUCGCUACGCCAUUGCGGCCUUUUCCCUGCUGGGAGGCCUUGCGGCUGCCGACUAUGCCCACCCCAGCGCGGCUCCCGCGUAUGGCUACCCCAUCUCGCUGCCGUCGGUGGUUGGCUACCCUGCCCAGGUCGUCACGGCGUCUGACCAGCUCGUCUACCUGCCGGGCUGCGAGACGGCGACGCGCACCAACAGCUACAGCGACAAGAUUGUGACGACGACGGUCCCGGCCGAGGGCUGCCCGACUCACUGGGGCCACGUCGAGGGCUGCGGCUCGCACAUGAGCCCCGGCGGCCCGCUGGUCGUCAUCUACCGCUACGCCGUCGAGUGGGUCGAGGUCUACGAGAAGACCGUCGCCUGCCCGUACAGUGAGGUCGGCCCGCACGCGUACCCCGGCCACGAGGGCAACGCGGGCUGCGAGUCGUGCGGCGAGACACAGACGGCGUAUGUCAAGGAGUGCUCCAACGGCAACUGCGCGGCCUACAAGUGCUACUGGGGCGCCGACGGUGUCCACCACUGCGACGACUAUGUCAAGCCGAGCGGCUAUGUUCCGGCACCCCCGGGCUGCGAGAUUGUGAAUGCCCAGUACCCCAACUGCUGGAGCGGCUCGUGCUUCCUCGCGUCGGCCUACUACACCGUCCCCUGCGUCGCCGGCUUCCCGACCAUCUACCCGCCCGGAUGGUGCCCCGGCGGCCUCCUGCCCCCCGGAUGGGCCGUCAUUGUCACCAAGCUGCCCGGCUACGACUACGAGACGACCUACACGGCCCCGACCACGACCGUCACCACCACCACCACCGCCACCACCACCGCCACUGACUUUAUUACCACCACCACUGGCGGCGGCGGUCUCCUGCCCUCCGAUCAGCCCGUCACUUGCCCCGAGGACGACCGUGGCAUCUUCAUUGGCAACUCUGGCUCCAGCUUCCUCAUCGAGUGCGACGUUAUCCUCUCUGGCACCGAGAUCAACGCCCGCGAGGAGCGCGCCCGCGAAAUCAAGGCCCGCGCUCUCGGCACCGCCCCUGACUUCAACACCUGCAUCCAGCUCUGCGACGCCAUCUCGACCUGCGAGGCCGUCUCCUACAACCCGACCACCGGCGCCUGCCGUGGCUACAGUGAUCCCACCGAGACCCCCGGCUCCAACGGCGCCUGGGUUGCCAACGUCGUCCGCCGUGUCGGCGCGGACGACACCACCACCACCCCGGUCCCGAGCACCCCGGCCUCGACGACCUCGGUGCCCACCACCCCAGUGCCCACCACCCCAACCACUACCCCGACGACGCCUGCCUCCAGCAGCUCGACUCCCAACCCGUCGGCCGCCUUCGCUGCCCGUGACUUCCCGGCCGAGCAGCUUGUCCCCAAGCGCAUUGCCAAGAAGGCCGCUGGCAACAGCCGCCUCGAGCGCCGUGCCAACAACAACAUCCGCCUCUAA